AUGGAGAAGGCCGAGGGAGGGGCGCAGGUGGUCCUCAUAACGCCUGGGCCCACUGAUGUAGGGAGAGGUGGGCCGACAGCGGCAGAGCAGCCACAAGCACCUGUUGCUGAGGAACAAGUUAUCCGUGUUGAGGGCACGGAGUUGCAACUUGUAUUAGAGGGAAAUGUUAUGCAGCAGAAAAGUAUUGUUGUAGAAGGUAAGGAUGUAUCUAUAGAGCCAGUUCCUCAGACUGGUGAGCAGGUGCCCAGUACGAGUGCUGGGGUAAAGGAGGGGGUUCAUGUGGAGCUAGGCUCCCAGGUAGUGGAGGAGAUGCCCACUACGAGUAACGGGGUUCAGGAGGGGGUUCAUGUGGAGCUAGGCUCCCAGGUAGUGGAGGAGAUGCCCACUACGAGUAACGGGGUACAGGAGGGGGUUCAUGUGGAGCUAGGCUCCCAGGUAGUGGAGGAGAUGCCCACUACGAGUAACGGGGUACAGGAGGGGGUUCAUGUGGAGCUAGGGUCCCAGGUAGUGGAGGAGAUGCCCACUACGAGUAACGGGGUACAGGAGGGGGUUCAUGUGGAGCUAGGCUCCCAGGUAGUGGAGGAGAUGCCCACUACGAGUGCUGGGGUUCAUGUGGAGCUAGGCUCCCAGGUAGUGGAGGAGAUGCCCACAACAAGUAAUGAGGUUCAGGUGGGGCUAGUCUCCCAGGUAGUGGAGGAGAUGCCUGGUACGAGUGAUGAGGUGCAAGUGGGGAGUGUUGAAAGGGAUGUGGUAGAGGGGAGUCAGUUGUCUGUGGUCUCAGCUGAGGAUCAGGAGAAGGAUAUGGAUAUCUCUUUUGAUAUGACAGCUGCUGGUGAGGACUCAGUUUACAAUCUAGAGGAGGUAAAUUAG